AUGCAAAAAGAGCUAGAAACAAAUCCAGGUUUAUACCCUUUCAAUGAGAUAAUCUAUUGCAACCUUAGCAAUCCACAUUAUCUCGGACAACAGCCAAUUAAGUUCUUCCGUGAGGUUCUUGCCUUGUGUGAUUACCCGCAUCUUCUAAACUGCAGUGUAACUAGUUCCAUAUUCAGUUCUGAUGCAAUAACAAGGGCAAGGGAGAUUCUAGACCUCAUUCCUGGGAGAGCAAUGGGAGGAUACAGCCACUGUCAGGGUACUGAAGGGUUGCGAAAUGCAAUUGCUGCUGGAAUAGCCACUCGUGAUGCUUUCCCAUGCAAUGCAGAGGACAUUUUCCUGACAGAUGGAGCAGCCGCGCCGGUUCAUAUGGUAAUGCACCUGUUGAUACGAGAUGAAAAAGAUGGCAUCCUUUGCCCGAUUCCAUCACACUUCCUUUAUACAAGCUCAAUGGCUCUGUGUGGCGCAACUCUUGUACCAUAUUACCUUGACGAAUCAGGAGGUUGGGCCGUGAGUAUUUCGAACCUGAAGAAGCAGCUGGAUGGUGCCCGAUCUGAAGGCAUCACUGUUAGGGGACUUGUGGUUGUAAAUCCAGGCAAUCCUACUGGGCAGGUUCUUGUGAAGGAAAACCAGUGUGAAAUAGUGGAAUUCUGCAGGAAUGAAAACCUUGUUCUUCUAGCAGAUGAGGUUUACCAAGAAAAUGUUUACACAGAUGAAAAGAAAUUUAUCUCUUUCAAGAAGAUAGCACGGUCCAUGGGUUUUGGUGAAGAAGAUAUUUCUUUAAUAUCAUUCCAUUCAGUUUCUAAUGGAUACUAUGGAGAAUGUGGGAGAAGAGGGGGUUACAUGGAGGUCACUGGCUUCAAUUCUGAAGUUCGGAAACAAGUAUACAAAGUGGCAUCCCUAAGCUCAUGCUCCAACUUAGCCGGCCAGGUUCUCGUGAGCCUAGUCAUGAACCCACCAAAGGUUGGAGAUGAGUCAUACACCUCUUACCGGGAAGAAAGAGAUCGCAUUAUGUUAUCGUUAUCCCGAUGUGCAGAGGCCAUGGUGCAGGCAUUCAACAGCCUGGAAGGCCUGACUUGCAGCAAGGCUGAAGGGGCAAUGUUUGUAUUUCCAUCUGUUCGGCUGCCUAAAAGGGCGAUUGCGGCUGCUGAGGCAAUGAACGCCAAGCCAGAUGUGUUCUACGCUCUCCGCCUUCUUGAAAACACUGGCAUCGUCGUCUUGCCUGGUUCUGUGUUUGGACAAGUACCUGGCGCAUGGCAUUUCAGAUGCACAAUCCUGCAACAGGAGGAGAAAUUGUGUGGUUCCACGCCUCAAAGCUCAGCCAUGGCUGCCUUGAGGUGCUACUCUUCUACUGCUGCAAUCAUAGUCCCAAGGAGGAAGAUUUGUGCAAGAGCUUCCAUGGAUGGCUGCUCCAGUUCCGAAUCCAGGCGACGAGCUUCUAGUUCGGUCAGCUUCACCUGCAAGGUGAACAAGGUUUAUGAGGACAAAAACAUGGGCAUCCUCUGUUACACUGAUGAGACUGGUGAAUUGCUGUGCGAGGGCUUGGAUGAAGGCCCGAGACUAACGAGGCAAGAUAUUGAGAAAUUGACCCAAGAGAGAGAAUCGAAGAACACGGCAGAAGAUUGGCGGGAGAGAGCGCUGCGGAUCGCGGGCGGGAUCGACUGGAGCGGCCUCCAGUCUGCUGCUGCCACGGGGAAGAAGUGA